UGAAGAACAGUAAAUACCAAUAUGACCAGUUAGUUUUUUUCUCAAGGCGUGUAAGAUGAAGGUUGUAAUACUGUUGAUAAAGCCAUGCGAAACGGCUUCGUUUCAGGAUGGUAAUUAACUCUUGUCACGGAUGAAGAGGAACGUCAUUUGUUUUCGAGGAGUGCCCCCAGGUUUGAGGUUUGCGCUGGGUGGAGAGCAGCAGCAGCGGGAGGAGGAGGAAGAGGAGGAGGAGUGUGUGCGCGUGCGCGUGCGCGUGCGAGCAGACAGUUUGUAGUCGGUCUCGCCUUUGGCAGCAGUUUGAGGAGAACCCGAGUGGGGGGAAAAAAAGCCGUCCGAUCCCGGCCAACUCGCAAGGGGCAAUCCGCCAUGAGUUGGGGAACGGAGCUCUGGGACCAGUUCGAAAAUCUGGACAAGCACACUCAAUGGGGGAUCGACUUCCUGGAGCGUUAUGCCAAGUUUGUCAAGGAGCGGUUGGAAAUUGAGCAAAAUUACGCCAAGCAGCUAAGGAACUUGGUCAAGAAAUACUGUCCAAAACGCUCAAAGGAUGAGGAACCGAGGUUUACAUCCUGCCUGUCAUUUUACGGCAUACUGAACGAGCUGAACGACUACGCGGGCCAGAGGGAGGUGGUGGCGGAGGAGAUGGGCCACAAGGUUUACGGAACCCUGAUGAAGUACAGCCAGGACCUCAAAGCGGAGAGGAAGCACCAUCUGCAGGAGGGCAGGAAGGCGCAGCAUUUUUUGGAUCAGUGCUGGAAACAGAUGGACAACAGCAAAAAGAAGUUUGAGCGAGAAUGUAAGGAAGCAGAGAAAUCCCAAAUAACCUUUGAGAGGUUAGACAAUGACAUCAAUGCCACCAAAUCAGAAGUUGAGAAGGCCAAAGCGCAGUAUUACCUGCGGACUCACAUGGCGGACGAAAGUAAAAACGAGUACGCCGCCCAGCUGCAGAACUUCAACGCCGAGCAGUGGAAACAUUUCAACAACUCCAUACCGCACAUCUUUAAGAAUCUGCAAGAUAUGGAUCAGCGGCGAACAGUGAAGCUCGGGGAGACGUACCGAAGCUUCGCCGAAGCAGAACGAAGAGUCAUUCCUAUUAUCUCCAAGUGUUUGGAAGGAAUGGUUUCGGCGGCCAAAGCCGUUGACGAUCGACGGGAUUCUGGCAUUGUUGUGGAGUCGUUUAAGUCUGGCUUUGACCCUCCGGGCGACUUCCCCUUUGAAGACUUCAGUCAGAACCUAAGUCGAACCGGCUCGGACGGGGCCAUCAGCAGCACGCCCAAAGGAGAGCGAGACGGAGCCCCGGGGCCACGGCCGGACCCCAAACACACCAUGAGCAAAGCCAAGAACAAACUCUGGCUCUUCGGGAAGAAGCCAAAGUCCCCGUCUUCCUCUCCUCCUCCUCCACCUCCUUCAUCCUCCUCCCGGCCACGGCCCAGCUCACAAUUUUUCCCUCCCAAUCGGUUCAGCUCCGAUCGAGUCAACCAGUAUCUGUCCGAGAUAAAGACGACAGUCCCCCGAAUCCCCCAGAACUUGAAGGGGCUGAGAAGAGGGGCUCCAUCGGUGGAGGACUACAGCCACUUGCCCCCCGAGCAGAGGAGGAAGCGGCUGCAGCAGAAAAUUGAUGAGCUCAACAACAAGCUCCAAAUCGAGAUGGAUCAGAGGGAUGCCCUGAACAAAAUGAAAGACGUGUAUGAGAAAACUCCACACAUGGGUGACCCCAACAGCCUGCAGCCCAAAAUAUCCGAGACCAUUUGCAACAUGGAAAAGCUCCGCUCCGAAAUCCACAAACAUGAGGCUUGGUUGUCAGAGGUGGAGGGAAAGCAGGGCUCCAGAGACCGGAGGCACAGUGCCGACAACCACCAUCCCGCUCCCCAAGGCAGAGAGAGUCCGGAAGGCAGUUACACCGAAGACGCCGGUCAGGAGCACCACACACCUCAUCACCACUCGGGCCCCCCGCAACCGGGACACCCCAGCACCGACCCGCACGACUUCGAUGACGAAUUUGACGACGACGACCCGCUACCCGUCAUCGGACACUGCAAAGCUUUGUACUCUUUUGACGGUCAGAAUGAGGGAACCCUGGUCAUAGCUGAAGACGAGGUUUUGUACAUCAUCGAAGAAGAUAAAGGCGACGGCUGGACGAGGGCGAGGAAACAGAGCGGCGAAGAGGGCUACGUCCCCACCACCUAUGUGGAGAUCACCAUGGAGAAGAACUGCAAAGGUGCCGUCACCUAUAUCUGAAGCGCAUUUUGUCCCCCUCAAGCCUUUUUCACCGUCGCGCACGCUCGCGUUCCAAAUGUGUCGACCCGGAGCGAAGGCGGCAAGUGUCCGUUCAUCUGCCUGCGUUCUUCUAUUUUGGCUUCCUUGCCACGUCUCAUCCAUCUCUUCCAUUCACUUUGUAAGCUCUCAUCCACCGCCGUUGUAGCCGCAGUGGUGAGUGACUUUCUCUUUGUUUUUGAGAGACUCGCAUCAUUUUAUGGACCUGGCUACAGUAUCUGCACGUGAGAAACUGCGUGCGUGCUUCUUAUCGUUCCAAGUGUUCAAGAUGUUCAAGUUGUCUUAAAUGAGAAGUGAUCGACGUUUUGUUUCCGCAAUUUGCUUUGUCCUGUUGACAUUUUCGAAAGGGGUAUUCCGUUGAGACGCCACCAUUUUUAGCCUCUCUGAAUCCGCCACCUGAUUUUGGCGAGAGUGUUUGCGCGCGCGGGCGGUUUUUGCUCCAUCUGCGCCAUCGCGGCCGAUUUCGUUCAAUUGCAGUUUUGCGAUCGCACGGACGUUUUCAUUUGUUGGAGGCGUGUGACACUAAUUCAUUGACAGAGUUGCUCGCUGAGCUGAUAAAUGUUAAUGUAGUGUGUCAUAAGUCACUUGGAUAUUUUUACUGUGCUCUACAUUUCAGGAAAAAAAAAAUCCUUUACACCUAAAAUCAAAUGAGUCCUUCCCUCUCCUUUUUGUCAUCCGUAAACUCUCACCCGUCCCUUCAUGUCCAUCGACAACAGAUGCUCUAAAACGGGGAUGUCCAAACUACGGGCUGGCGGCCAUUUGCGGCCCGCCAUCCAUUUUUCAGCGGACCUGCGACAUGACAAAAAUAAAUAAAUGAGCCCGCAAGGUUGGUUGAAAAAGUUGAAGAGUGAGAAGGGAGGUUGUCAGAAAAAUACGACUCCAGUCCAACCUCGUUACAACCCACCUACAGGGACAUAACGAGUCUGUACGUUAUAACGGUAGUUGGUUGUAAACAUUUCCAAUCAAUUUUACAGUGGCCCUUCCAUCCUUCCGUUUUUCUGUGGGCGGCCCUCCAACAAAAAAGUUUGGACACCCUUGCUCUCAAAUACGUCAGGGGUGCAAACAAACGAUCUUGCUUCCCGAUUAAAAACAAAAAGUGUCUGCAACGUUGUGUUUGUGUCUCGGCUCGUCCGGUUUUGUUUCGUUAACCGAGUCUCUCCUCUGUAUGACUGUGCAGGUUCCUGAGGGCUGCAGAGUGGCCAGGUGGUUUGAUUGGCUGGUGGAGGGCUCUCGCUGACGGCUGGCUGAUUUUUGGUGGUGGGGGUGAAAUGAGAGAGGGAAAGAGAAGGGCAAGUUUGCAUGUCGGCAUGCUCUCACAUCCAUAACGGCUGCGGCCUUCUUGGCUUUUAACCGAACAAAAGAUUUUAAUUGCAAGAUGGGAGUCACAGUAAAUUUCAUGUCUUCAAUGAUGCUCGCAACAGCACGCACAGGUGCUACUCCAUAACAAAGAUGUACUUUCACUGGCCACUAGGGGGCCCACGUCAGGUCCCCCUCUCAGCACUAAAACUUCAAACUGACAGCAAAGGGAACAUGCUCAAAGUUUCACGUUCAGCUUUUCUCUCAUUGGUUUCAAGCAAAAGUCGACAAGCCGUGUGGCUAAAUCACUCCUAAAUGUCAGUAUUAUUUUACAGACUGUGAGCCUAAAACACGCCAUCAGCUUGCACCCUUCGGCUGUCUUCGGUUGCCGUUUUAAACUCAUUCUCAUGACUUGGCUGUAGACAUUUUUUUUUCAUUAUUUAAACGGGGUUUGCUAGUGCAGCAUUACC